UAGUAACAUCUGAUAGUAUAAGCAUUUUUAAACAGCGAGUAUAUGUAGAUUUAUCAAAUGAGGUGUGUUAGUAGGUAUAUAAAAGUCACUGCAGGCACAGUAAAACCACAACCAAACUCUACAAUGAACCCUAUUUUCUUGAUAGGCAUUGUGGCUGUCGGACUCGCCAGCGCCCAGUAUGGGAUGGACGAUUUCGAUUCUGGUUUUGGAGGCGGCGGUGGAGCGGCGUCUUGUAAGAACACACAAUUCUGGAAUGGAGAAUCCUGCGUAUCUCAACUUUCCUAUGGCGGGGAAUGUGCAUUGGCUGCCUACAAAGGUCACGUGUGCGGAAGUACACUUCGGUGUAAAAAGAAGUGUAUCUGUUCUCCUGGAUAUUUCUGGAACGGAAAAACUUGUCACAAGUAUUUAGGAAACGGUGGUAAAUGUAAUGGGUAUGUCGGUUACAAAGGCCGAGUGUGUCUCGGAAACCUCCGCUGUAUGAAGGGUGUGUGUGGAUGCAAAUCACCAUUUGUCUGGACAGGAACUAAGUGUGGACCCAUACCAAAACUCCCGGGUUCUAACUACAACGAACCAUCUUAUGGCGGGCCAUCUUUAGGUGGUUCAAUGGGAGGUGGUCACCAUGCCGGAUAUGGCGCCGCCCCACAAUACAGCAAAUUUGGGUACGCAGCAGCUAAGGUUGUGGCUGGACAAUGUCCUUAUGGGUGGAGUCUGUACCACGGAAGCUGUUACUAUUUCAGCAGAGACCAGUUGUCAUGGUGGCAGGCAGAGAUGAAAUGUGCUAGUCAGGGAGGAUUCCUCGUCAUGAUCGACGCAGCUCAUGAAAACACGUUUAUACGGCGCUAUCUCGCUGAAUACAGAAUAACCGGCGGCGCCUGGAUGGGUUUGAAUGAUUGCCUGUUUCCCAACAAACACCGAUGGAUCUGGGGCUUUAGCAAGAAGCGAUGUCACAAAUUUGACUGGUACGGACAGGAACCAGUUUACCAUGCCAAAGGUGACUGGAAUUGCGGUGCAUUCUGGGAAUCUUAUCAAUAUCACUGGCAUGUUGAUAGCUGUGCGAAGAGAAAUUACUAUGUCUGCGAAAUGAAAUUGGGCAAACCUUGCAGAUGCCAGUAUUAA